CUGAACCCAAGCACGAGUUGUUGUUAUAAAGGGGUCGAUUCUUCGUGAACUACAGUAGAAGCUGUUUUCUCCUGCACAAGCGGACGUGACACUUCAGUCAUGAUGAGAAGCGCCGUGGUGUUUUGCUUGGCUGUCAGCUUUGCCGUGUUUGGAUUUGGCCUGUCGCUGCAGUGCUACUCCUGCCCUGAAGGCUCCAGCAGCUGUGACGUGAAGCAGCAGUGCAGCCAAGGCGAAGACGCCUGCCUCAAGCUCAAAAGUGAUGGCCUGGUCUACACUGAAUGCAUCAGAUACACGGACUGCAGCUUCAGCCCGCUGGCCGUCAGAUACGCCUUGCCUAAGUUCACCUACACCUGCUGCCAGACAAACCUCUGCAAUGGGAAAAGUUUCUUUGAGGGUUUGUUCGGUUAAUUCGGAGGUAAAGAAAUAAAGCAAGAAACUACAGCUUUAAGAUCAGA